GCAUGGUGAGCGAGCGGGCGGCGGGCGGCCCGGCGGCCGGGGUCCCCGGGGUCCGCGGGGUCUCCGGCGAGGAGGCCAUGAACGUGAACGUGGGCGGGGUGCGUCGACGGCUGAGCCGGCGGGCCGUGUCGCGGUUCCCGGACACGCGGCUGGGCCGGCUGGCGCGGGCGGGCUCGGAGGAGCAGGCCCUGCGGCUGUGCGACGACUACGACCCCGGGGCCCGCGAGUUCUACUUCGACCGGCACCCGGGCUUCUUCCUGGGCCUGCUCCACUUCUACCGCACGGGCCGGCUGCACGUGCUGGAGGAGCUGUGCGUCUUCUCCUUCGGCCAGGAGGCCGAGUACUGGGGCCUGGGCGAAGGCCUGCUGGCCUCCUGCUGCGGGGCCCGCUACCACGAGCGCCGGCUGGAGCGGCACCGGCGCAGCUGGGACGAGGACAGCGAGGUGAGUAGCGUGGACACCUCCCCGGACGAGAUCUCCGACUUCAACCGGGACCUGCUGCGCUACCGGGCCGUGCGCUGCGGCCGGCUGCGCAGGCGCCUGUGGCUGACCAUGGAGAACCCGGGCUACUCGCUGCCCAGCAAGCUGUUCAGCUGCGUGUCCAUCGGGGUGGUCCUGGCCUCCAUCGCCACCAUGUGCAUCCACAGCCUGCCCGAGUACCGGGCCCGGGAGGGCGAGGCCCGGCCCCGGGCCCGGGCCCGGCCCGACCCGCCGCCGUCGGAAGACCCCCUGCUCCGCCGCCUCGAGUACUUCUGCAUCGCCUGGUUCAGCUUCGAGGUGUCCUCCCGGCUGCUGCUGGCCCCCAGCCUGCGCAAGUUCUUCCGCCACCCGCUCAACCUCAUCGACAUCGUCUCCGUGCUGCCCUUCUACCUCACGCUGCUGGUGGACGCGGCCCUGGGCGGCGAGUCGGAGCUGGGCGACCUGGGCAAGGUGGUGCAGGUCUUCCGCCUCAUGCGCAUCUUCCGCGUGCUCAAGUUGGCCAGGCACUCCACCGGCCUGCGCUCGCUGGGUGCCACCCUCAAGCACAGCUACCGGGAAGUGGGCAUCCUGCUGCUCUACCUGGCCGUGGGAGUCUCCGUGUUCUCCGGCGUGGCCUACACGGCCGAGAAGGAAGAGGACGUGGGCUUCGACACCAUCCCGGCCUGCUGGUGGUGGGGCACGGUGAGCAUGACCACCGUGGGCUACGGGGACGUGGUCCCGGUCACCGUGGCCGGGAAGCUGGCCGCUUCGGGCUGCAUCCUGGGGGGCAUCCUCGUCGUGGCCCUGCCCAUCACCAUCAUCUUCAAUAAGUUCUCGCACUUCUAUCGGUGCCAGAAGGCCCUGGAGGCCGCCGUGCGCAGCAGCGACAAGAAGGGCUCCGGGGGCUCCUGCCGGAGCAGCUCCCUCCAGGAGGUGACCUCCGAGGUCUCCAGCCAGGAUUCCCGGCGAGGAAGCUCUCCGGAAUGGGGGGCCCGCUCUCCGGAAUGGGGGGCCCGCCCCCCGGCCCGACUCCCCACCCGCCAGGCCCGCUAAGGACCGCCACGACUCCGGUGGGAGGCCGGGAGCGACGGUGCUAUUGCGCUUAAUCGACCGGAUGUAUUUAUUGAGCGCCUCCUGAGUGCGUUGUCUGUCUCCCCCUUCUAGACUGCGA